AUGGCUUUAUCGCGAGUCAACACCUCUUGCAAACUUAGGGAUAAGACCAACAUGUCCGAACCUGUUCCACUGCAGAGCGGAAAACUGAAGAAUGCAUUCGAAAAUGCCCUACAAACAUGGGCCGAGAUCGAUUUGUCGUCGUUGCAGAGGAAACUCGACGAGCAGGGGAUCGAACUUAAAAGCGAACAAAAGCUGCUGCUUGCAAGUAGAAAGGAGCUAGCAUCGAAGACAAAGGAGUUCAAAAAAUUGGACAACGAAAAGAAACUCGCUGAGUUUAAUCCGCUCUUGAAGCAGUACCAAAAUGAAAUCGACAACUUGACCUCCAAACAGAAAAAGGCCGAGAGCUUCUUCUUUGGCUUCUACCGCCUUAUUGCCGAAGCGCCUGACCCAAAGCCGUUGUUGGAGCUAUCCUUGGACGCGAUCAUGGAAAUGAAUGAAACAGCGGAAUUGAAGAAAGAAGUGGCCCGGUUGUCCGACGAAUUGUCUAGAAAAGCCGAUUACGACAUUCUAAAACAGAGGCUCUUGGAUGGCGAGCAGAAAUCGGCCGAGCUUCUUGGCAGUAAAUUGAAAGCCAAAGAGGAAGAGUUCCAGGCGUUGAUAGAAGAGAAAGAGUCCAAUUGGCAAAGCGUCCAGAAGCAACACGAGAGCCAAAUUGCUGGUUAUAAAGCUACAAUCGAAGAGUUGCGUACCUCAAUGGAAGUCACAGAGUUGCAGUUGAGUUCUCAAAACAAACAGCUUGGCCCCUCCUCGAACUCUCUGGUUUCCAUUUUGGCCGAGUUGGAUUUGGUCACACGAGAAGUGGAAUCUUGGAAAAAACGGGUGUACGAGCUUGAGAAAAGGAACGAGGACUUGCGUCGUGAAUUGUCUGUAUCACAGGCUGAUUCUGAAAAGACAUCCAUGCAACAGGAACAUGCGAAAAAGAUUGCUGAAAUCGAAGGCGAAAAUGCCGUGUUAGUUGCAAACUUAAACCAGUUGAGAGGCAAGCUUGACUCCACCAAUAAAGAGCACGAUACCCAGAUCCAAUCUCUAACUAGAGAGCUUCACCAAUCCACCCAGGAAAUCAAGCACCUCAAAGAGAAACUCUCAAGAACGAGCGACUACGACGAAUUGAAACAUGAAUUGCACUUAUUGAGACAGAUUGAAUUCGGCGAGCAAGAAGAAGACGCAGGUUCUGAACAUGAAGCAGGAAACUUUGACGCUCUUUUAAUUCAGCAUAAUAAGUCCUUGACAAAAGAACUUGCCGAGCUAAGAUCGCAGCACGAGAGUUUGACCUCAAAAAUUUCAAGUCUAGAGGCAGAAUUGACCAGAGCUUCGCUGGAGUACAACAAAAUGAAAGAACUCAAUGCGAAGAUGGAAAACGACCUUGCGAACUUCCAGGACGCAUAUGGCUCCAACUUCAAUGAUAGUGCCAGCAUGAUGUCAGGGAUGACCAGGAUGACAAGACCAGUUCCGGGGCGAGGAUCUACGACGUCUCUCAACACCGUUGACGAAAAUUCCAUUUUGCCUAUCAUCACUGGUCAAAGAGACAGAUUCCGUGACAGGAACAAGGAGUUGGAAGACGAGGUUCGUAAACAAGCUAAUCUUGUGAAUGAACUCAAGAGGAAAAACAAGAUGUUGCAAACAGACAACGAGGAGCUUUAUGAGAAAACAAGAUAUAUGGCUCUGAUCAAAGAUAAAGGGACCACAGCACCUUCUAAUUCAAACCGCCGAACUUUAAUUCCAAAGGCCAAUAGUUCCGAUUUGGAAAGCAAUCCGUACCGUGCGUCAUACGAGUCCAAAUUGCACCCUAUAGAGCAGUUCAGGAAACAGGAGCAGGAAAGAGUCAGUUCGAGGCUUUCACCGUUCGAAAGGAUGUUCAUUUUUGUCACUCGGUCUAUUCUUGCAACGCGUUUGACCCGUAUGUUGUUCUUGGUGUACUGCGUUUUCCUUCAUUGCUUGGUGAUGUUCACAACCAUUCACUCUAUGAGCAUGAGCACAAGCAUGAUUCCCGAAGUUGGCCUAAAUGAGAGUACUGGGGGUGUUACUAAGUCUGACGUUUCUCAGUUCUAA